AUGUCUGGCUGUCUUGCCAACUCACUGUGCAUCACGCACGCCGACUCGCGCUGGUGGCCAAUUGAAGGCGGCUGCAUCCCCGGCGCACAGCUUCUUUUCCCAGGCGACCCUGCCGAUUCUUGCCAAUUGACCAAUCGUCACUCGCGACGCCGUCUUUCCCCAGCUCCUUCCACGCCCCUUCCCUUCUUCUCUGCCUCGGGUCUAGCGUCUACCGCCGGCUCUGGUGGUGACAACAGGGGCACAUCAUACCCGGACCGAACUAGCGUGGGUCUGUUGUUGCCGUUGCCGCCCGGUGCUGCUGCCGCUGCUUCUGCUGCUGUUGCAGCGCCUCCUGCUAUCAUCGAGGUAGAGGCAGAGGCGCCCUAUGCUGCUGACGGGUCGCCAGCCAGCCAGUCGCCCAGGCCGCCGGCGGCAAGCAGGCUGGUAGGCAUGAUGGAACUGGUGGAGAUGGCGAGCACCCAGCAGUCCAAGUCUGGCUACGUACCAUGGCCAUGGCCCAUGUCUGUCUGGAGGCGCCUGCAGCUGCAGGUUGCAACGGCUCUGCCUCUCAGGUCGAACCCAGUGCCGCCCACAUUGCUGCCUUUCUGGGAAAGCGCUACCUCAUUGAACAAUGACAUUCAUGAAUAA